UGAUUUUCGAGAUUUGCAAUUUUACGACGUAUAUAACGCGUAUGUGAUUUAUAUGCGGUAGAAUUGUCAGUAAUUGUAUGUAUAUAAUCAGUAAUCAGUAGUUGAAUAGAAGGUACAAAUCUCGCGAAGCUAUACAUUAUCGCUUUUCAUAUUAUUUCGUUUGUUGAAUUUUUAGGUAUCAACGUUUAAAAUUUGACUCGUGUAACCUCUUUUUCAUAUAAUUAUCGUACCAAAACAAAUAUAAUAAGAUGUAAAGUUUGCGAAAGAAUUGACUUUAUAUAAAGUUUUAACGAACGAUUUUAACGUAUUCAUAACAAUUCUGACAAAUGAUUUACAAUUACAGUGAAUGACAACUUGUGCCUACUACUGUAUUAACGGUAACUUUCCUAACGUUUUAAAAGAAAAAAAAAAAAAUCAUAUUAACCGUAAUAUUAUCACGCGUGUCAAUAAUUGUUAAAAAAAAAUCAGGAUCAUUGUAUUAAGUAUGUUUGGGCAAUCCGGAAGUACAUCGUUCAGUGGUUUCAAUACAGCUACACAAUCCAGUCCAUUCGGACAGUCGGCAUUUGGUAAACCAAUCACUACAACAAGUUUUGGCACUGGUGCUGCACCAGUCUUUGGUAGUAGUAAUACUUCUCUCUUUAGUUCAAAACCUGCGAGCUCUACCACCGGUGGCUUAUUUGGUAAUACUACAACUCCACCUGCAUUUACUCAACCAUCUUUUGGAGGAUUUGGCACAACAAAUACCAAUACCAACUUAUUCGGUACUCAGCAAAAUGCAAGUACAAAUCUUUUUGGCACAAGUACCGCAACUUCUGCAUUUGGUCAAUCAAACAAACCAGCUGGAUUUGGUUUCGGCGCUACAUCUGGAACAAAUUUAUUUGGACAACCUCAACAGUCAACUCAACAAACUACUCCUUUUGGACAAAGCAGUACCACUGGAAAUACUAAUUUAUUUGGUACAACACCUGGUUUUGGUAAUACAAACACUACAACCACAAGUAUGACAGGUACUGUUGUUAAAUUUACUCCUGUGAUUACUACCGAUUCUAUGUCCAAGAAUGGUAUAUCUCAUACUAUAUCGGCGAGGCAUUGGUGUAUCGCAUCAAUGAAAGAAUAUGAAUCAAAGUCUUACGAGGAGUUACGUUUCGAGGAUUAUUCCGUGGGACGAAAAGGACCUGGUACAGGAAUUUUUGGUACACCAGCACAACCUUCACCUUUUGGCAAUGCAGGGGCAGGUACUAGUACUGCGACAACGGGUUUUGGUGGAAUAAGCGGAGGUUUUGGAGCCACCACACAAUCUGGCUCAAGUGGCUUAUUUGGAAAGCCUAUAACAAGUUUCGGUACACCAGCGACAACAACAACAAAUAAUUUCGCUUUCAAUUCUACCCCAAGCACAAAUUUAUUUGGUAGCAAUACUCAGAAACCUUUUGGUACAGCUCCAACGCCACUUUUUGCAGCCAGCAAUACUAAUCAAAAUACUGGUACAGGUUUCGGUAUCAAUACGGGACAAAACACCACUUUCGGUCCUACAUUUGGUUCAACGCAAUCGAAUCAGAGUAUUGGUUUAUUUAAUCAAAAUAAAUCGGCUUUCAAUGCGCCUUCCACUUCGUCUAGCGCUGCAUUCUCUAAUUUUGGUCAAACACCGUCAAGCAAUACUGGUACUAGUUUAUUUGGUGCCAAAUCAACUGGAACAAUUGGUUUUGGAACGACUUCGUCUUUCGGCUCGACUACACCAUCAACUUUUGGAACUACAACAGGUUUCACUGCAGGUCAAAAUUCCGGUGCUUCAUUGUUUAAUACACCUUUUAAACCUACAGGACAAACACCUGGAUUCUCUUUUGGUUCGACUUCUACACCAUCAUCCGGACUUGGUACAAAUACAAGUUUGAUGUUGGGUAGUGGUUCUACUUUAUUCGCUCAACAAAAACCAGGUGGUUUAUUCGGAAACACUGGUAACAAUGCAACAUUUAAUACAGCGGGGACAUUCGGAUCUUCAACAUUUGGAACUAAUACGAACGUAGGAACGGGUAUUGGAACAGGAUUACUUGGUGCUGGGAAUAAUAUUAAUCAAACAAAAAGUUCGGGGACGGUACCAGUGCAUCAACAAAUUUUGGCUUUGGUAUCUGCGCCAUUUGGUGAUUCACCGUUAUUGAAAAAUCUUUUACCGGCUUCUGGUAAAACGGAAGAGUUACUAAAACCAGCGAACGCACCUUCCAAACUGUUAAACGGUCCACAAUAUAAAGUUACCGCUGAUAAUAAGUCUCCGAAAAUAAAAGUGACUUUUAAGAAAUCAAUAUUCGAAGGUCUUGAAGAGGAAGAUCCACUUUCGGAAGCGUUUCAACCUCGUCCAAAUGCAAAGCGUUUAGUAUUACGUCCAAAAUCGAUAUUGAAUUCAAUAGUUUCGUCACCUACUGAAAAUUCUCAUAACGCAACGAAAAAUUUACAAUCUUCCGAUAAGGGGGAAGAGAGAUCAUCCAUGUCGAAUUCAUAUAUCGAAGAUACAACUAUCGAAACUAUAGAUAAGGAGAAUCAUAGUCAGGAUAAUAAUCGGCAAUUAACAAACGAUCGAAGAUCAUCUUCAUCAUGGUUGAAAACAAGUCUUCCACGAAAUGCGAGUGGAAAAAAUUUAAACGAAGAAUCAUUCGAUGGACAACGUUCAUUGCUCUCUAGCCCGAACGUAUUAUCCGAAGAAAUGAUAAAUAAUACAAUUAGCGAAUUGCGACCUUACGCCAAUGCCAGCCCAUCAAAUCAAAUAUGCUCUGAAAUUAAUAAUUCUGUGGAUACGUCUAUAAAGAAUUCAUCUCUUGUUGAUAAAACGGAUAUUGUGAUUCGGAAUUCCGAUUCGAGUCAAGAAUUAGACGAAAGUUCUUUUUCAACGUUACAAAAUUCUAAUGGGAAAACAAAUGCAGCAAAAGUGACGUUGACACGUGUUGGUUAUUACACAAUUCCAUCGCUUGACGAAUUACACGAAUAUGUUGAUGGUGAAAAGUGUAUUGUACCAAAUUUCACAGUUGGUCGCGAAGGUUACGGAAAUGUAUAUUUCCCUGAAUCAUUUGAUAUAUACGGUCUCAAUUUAGAUGAUAUCGUACAUUUUCGACGCAAAGAAGUUAUCAUUUAUCCUGACGACGAGAAAAAACCAGCUAUCGGACAAGGAUUAAACCGUAAAGCACAAGUUACUUUAGAUCAAGUAUGGCCACACGAUAAAUCAUUACAUAAAGAUAUUACCGAUCCCUGUCGACUAUUGGCAAUGGGUUACGAGGAAAAAUUACGAAGAGUGUCAGCGAAACACGAUACCAAAUUUUUAGAAUAUCGCCCCGAAACUGGUUCUUGGGUUUUCAAGGUAGAUCAUUUUUCUAAAUAUGGUCUAAGCGAUUCGGAUGAGGAUGAUAAUAACGUCCCUACAGUGAAUGAUACAAAAAGAUUGAAACUAUGCACCACAACUCAACAGAAAUGCGCGACUAAGUUGGAGCAGUCAAAAGCUUUAGAUGUAGAUCAUAAUCAUGAAAAACGAUUACCGAUAAGUCCAACUGGUGACAGUGCUCGUAUUUUGGGUACCGACAGUCAUAAAUUGCAAUUAAUGAAAGCUAGCUUCUUCGACGGUAGUGACGAAGAGAUUUACGAUCAAGAAUCAAAUCGUAGAUUAUUUCUUUCGUCCGGUCAUAAGAGUUUGCGAAGUUUUAUCAAUACUGUUCAAAAAAUCGAUGAAGAUCAGAAGUACGAGUCAAAUUACAAUUCGAUGUUACGAUCAAAUUUGACGAUUCAUCAUCAUACACCAACGAUUAGUUACGAAGAACCAGCACUCUCGAAGUUAGAUUCUAAGAUGAAACGCUCGAUGGAUAUUAUUGCUAAGAAAUCAUCGAUAUAUGAAAAAGUUUUGCCGGAUCCUUCGAUUUCUCCUGUGAUUAUAAUUUUUAAAUGGAUUUCUGAAGCCGUUCCGUUAUCAAAGUCUAUUAUACAUAAACUGGAAUCUCGUUCCGUUGCCGAUAUGGGCAUACAAAUGGGAAGAAUGUUCAAGCCGAGUUGGGGGCGCGGUUUAACGUUACUUACAUUGAACACUAGAAAACAAGCUGACGAGAUACCAUUGAAUAGUCCAUUCGAACAAAUUGGAUCUUACGUAUGCGGUCGUUCCCCAGAAGAUACAUCAUCUGUCGCGAUAGUGCAACGUAUUCAAAUCUUGGGUGGUAACAGAACCGAUGAUGACCGCGUUAAAAUAUUCAAGGAAAGCAUAGAAGGUCAUCUAAAAAUUCAAUUGUCCCAUCGUGUAAUGAAUCAAGAAGGAGAUUGCCCAAUUUUUGACGUAGAUACAGAUGUUAAUAAAGCAAGUAUGGCUUUACACGCGCAUUGUAGUUUAGCCGAAGAAUUCGCGGAACAGUUUAGCACAGAUUGUUUUGCUUCGUACGUUGCUAAUGUUUGGAAACUAUGCGUAGCUCUUUGGGGAACAUUACCUGAUAUAAAUGUUGCUUCAGAAAAUCCGAAAGAUCAUAGUGUCGUGAUAGCACGGCGAGAGGCUUUCGGGGAAUGGUUAAGAAAUGUUAUACGAAAAACGCUUGUAUGGGAGGAUACGAAUAUUAGCAACGAAACAAAGAUAUUGCUUUUACUAUCUGCUUUCGAAUUAGAAGAGGCAUGUAAAACUGCGCGAGAAGUAGGCGAUCAUUGUUUGGCUUUAUUAAUGGCACAAUUAUGCAGCGGAAUGCCUAUAAAGGCAUUAAUAAAGCAACAAAUUGCAUUAUGGCGACGUGACCAUGUUGAUGAAAAAAUCUCGUUAGAUCGAUUAAAACUUUACGCAUUGAUAGCGGGUGAACCACUUGUACCCAGUAAACAUGGUAUUAUCAAUGUCUGCGAAGGUUUCGACUGGAAGAGAGCAUUAGCUGUUCAUUUGUCGUAUUUUUCAUCUCCAACUGGUUCGAUAAGAGAUAUAUUAGAUCAUUACGAAAUGUCUUUCGAUACAAGUGAUUCGUGCGCUUAUACAACUAUACCGAAACCUGAAUACAAAGGAGAUGAUUACGAACUUGAAAUAAAUAGUGGAAAAUCAAUAUACGAUCUAUGUUUUCAUCUAUUAAAAUUAUUUUGUACCGGCAAUCAUACAUUAGGAGAACUAUUAAAUCCAGCAACGCAUACUGCCGAUCCAUUAGAUUACAGACUCAGUUGGCUGAUGCAGCAAGUGCUUUUAGCUUUGGGUUAUUCACACCUUUCGGAACAUGUUGCUACUUUAACACAUGUUAAUUUCGCAACGCAAUUAGAAGCAUACGGUCUCUGGCAUUGGGCUAUAUUUGUGAUGUUGCAUUUGAAAGAUGCCGGAAAGAGGAAAACUGCGGUAAUGAAUUUAUUGCAACGUCACGUUGAAAUAGACGAAAUCGCCGAUUCCCUUGAUCCUGUCGAGCGAGAAAAAUUUUUACGAGAAGAGCUAGGUAUACCUUCAAUUUGGAUUCAUCAGGCUAAAGCCGUGAAAAGUUACGUAGCUAAGAGAUACGGAAAAGCAGCUUUUUAUUUCAUUCAAGCGGAACAAUGGAACAAAGCUCACGAGAUUAUCAUUGAACAUUUAGCAGCGGAUAUUAUAAUAAACGAAAAUUACGAUUAUUUGCGGGAUUUAUUACGCCCGCUGAUUCCUCCGGAGUACAGUAGCACUAUAAGUGGUUGGACUUAUCAAGGACAAUUACUUUGGGAAUAUAUGGAAAUAACUAUGGAUGUCGAAUCUUUGUUACGCGGUGCUGAUCCACGCGGAAUAAGUUCUAAAUUAGAGUCGCUAAAACAACGAUUAUCAAGCCUUCCAUCCAAAAUCAAUCAAUUUCCAUGUCCAACUGCUAAACACAGGCUUUGUCAAGCGGAAAUUGCAAAGAGAACAUUACAUUUGGCUAGAAGUUUGUUACAAUCGAACGAGAGUAGAUCCACAUCGAUAUUUCAACUGGUAUCUCAAUUACCAUUACCGGAAGAUUAUGCACAACAAGAACUUCGUCCUAUUGUUAAUAUGCGCGUAAAUGAAAUCAUAUAUCAGGCAGCAUAAAUUUUGUUUUCUACAGAAAUUUAUAGGCGAUUGUAUUAACAAGUAACAACCAUUUUCUUACUCUUUUAACCAAAAUAAACAAUUACAUACUUUUAUUUUCUAUGAUUUUGUAGUAAUAAUUAUAAUAAUGAUUUAUAUAAAGGUAACUAUGAUUAUGAUGGUACAGUAAUCGUAAUGAGUGGAGCAUGUAAUUACGAGAAUGAUAGUGUUAAUGAUAGUAGUAGUAAUAAUAAUAAUAAUAAUAAUAUAAUAAUAAUAAUAAUAAUAGGAUAAUAACAAUAUCGAAUAGGAUAAAUUUAUAAUCUCUAUUAUUAAAGAUUAUGUUCUAUAAUUUGUUACUUAAGAUAUUCUGUAUUUAUAGAUAUUUAAAUAAACGAAUAAGAAUUAAAAAUAGA